UAUGGCUUACUACACACAGACCUGCAGGAAUUCAGACUUCCUGCUACAGUUAUCUUCAGAAAGAAGAGAAAUUCACCUGAAUCCUCCCAUUCACGACCACAAGGGCAGCAAGAGUCUAAGAUAGAAGGGGUCAAAACCAUAGGAAUUAUCUCAACCCCAAUUAUUUGGCCAGUGAAACAAAGGCCUCUCAAUUUCAGUAAAAACGUAGUGAAUGAGAACCAAAACCCAGGGAGAAAAAACAUGUACAGCGUGUUUCUUCUAUCUGAGUCCACAUCAGCUGCUUCUGGGGAGACUGGCAGGGGUACCGUGGAGGAUUUUACAGAAAAAAUGGACCUAGAUAAUACUGUGAUGAAUCAGUUACCAAGUACAAAUAUUAUGAAUGAUUCUAGAAGUUCAUUUCAUGCCAUUUAUGAUGCAGCAGAAGUUUUUACAGAUCAUUCUGAGAAUGCGGCAGUUCCUCUUCUUCAAAACAGAAGUGUUGUUGCAGAGCUAGCAUGGCCUUCAGCAAAUGGAUUAGAUUAUUCUGAGUCUGUGUCAGCAUUCCAUUUUUCCAAUAGCAGAAACAUCACUGAUGAACACAGAAAAGAAACCCUGGGGACUUCGUUCUCCAACAGUGGCACAUCCAAUUUCACGCAUACAAACGAUAUCUUUGAACCUGUGAGUUGGUGGAGUGAGACUCUAUUUCGCCAUCAUAUCACCUCUGACAUUCAAGAAGAAAGCCACCAUUCUCUUCCUAGCUUAUCUAUGUCACCUACAGAGGAUGAAUCAUCAUUUCAAAAAAGUAGACUAGAAUUUCUAGAAUUUGCAUCUCAGAAUGUUUACCUGGAAGUAGCAGAAGGCAAGGCUAAUAGGAAAUCUUUUUCUAUGUUAGCAGCAAACAGUGAUUUUCAGUUUACAAAAUCUAUGUACAAUAAGGAAUAUCACUCAGGAGGCAUUACAAAUUUAACCUCUGUGGAGACUGCAUAUGCAAACCCGACAAUUUUUUUCCAAAACAUAAAAAAAACAUAUGUACAAAUUAUGCCUGACAUCCAGCGAACAGAUGACCAUUUAGUCCUAGGAUACAGUAGAGAAGUACCAAAAUUUUCAGCACUUCUGGUAGGAACAAGCUGGACAAGCUCAAAAUUUGAGCAUGUUGUAACUACAUUGCCUAUUUAUCAGCAGUCGUUGAGUGACAUAUACUUGAAAAGUGACAGCAUAGUUAUAUCUAAUAGCAAUCAUUGGCCCCAUUAUUUAAAACCUUCAGGAUAUAUUCAAAAGAUAUCAAGUGAGACCCUGGGAAAUGGAGACCCAGGCAACAAUUUUGAUGCAUUUCAUGAUAGUCAAAAUGAAGAGUCAGCUUUUUCCACAUUAGAAUCAGAGAAUGCGAGUAGAGUUGGCAGCUCCUGGGAACCAAAUUACUUGGAUUUUCCAACAAAUUAUGUAGAUAUUUCCCCUUCUUUAAGAGCAAGUUUCUGGACUGUUUCGUAUCAUUUGAAAGAAGUGUCUGAAGUGUUUUCUGGGGAGCAAUCAGAAAAUUGGUGGCUCUCAUUUAAUAAACUGCUUUCUUCCCCAACAGAGAGGCUGUUAUCCAUUAGUUCACCUACUAAAGUUGACAGCAUCUCUGAGCCAACUCCUAUCAUUAGCAUAUUAGGUCACAGAGCUGAAGAAAUGAACAUCUCUAGCCAUGUGGCAACUUCAGAAAGAGAAAUCUUCAGUUUACUUGUUUCAGGCCCUUCAGUGAAGAUUUCAGAAAGUAAUGACAAGUCAAUAUCACCGUUGCAGUCAACAAUGGACAUUUCUACUAGCCUAAACAUAUCUUCCAAUGAUGAAUUUUAUUUAGAAUUUCCUUUGCCUUCCCUGGAAGCACCUUUGAGUCAACAUUCAGUACAGAUGCAGGUAAGCCACUUUGAUAUGGCACUUGCAAAUUCCACAGAAAAAUUAAUGACCUUCAGUAGUUUACACAUGGAAGUGGGAACUGAUGUGUUAAGUGACCUAACCCACAUAACCUUCUUAAACAAUAGGCAGGAGCUUGAGUCAGUCCUUCCAACACAUUCAGGAACUGAGCCUUCAUGUUCAAGAGAUAGCCAAACUGCUUGCUUGAUCAAUACAUCAGUUAAGGUUUUGGUAAACAGUACAAGAACGCAGGAAUCAUUGGCAUCUCAAAGUGUUUCAGAGAAUAAUGCUGUUACAAAUACUACUGAUAAUGCAAAAAGUAACAUUCAAAUAGCUGCAGAUCCUUUUUUAAAAAACAACACUCCAGUGAAUUCUGACUUCCUCACAAUGACAUUGUCUUUGGAAAUGAGACACCCCCUUCAUUCAGACUCAAAACUCAGAUUCAGUGUACCUCCUAACAGCUACUCAACACCUCCACUCCCACAAAGUCUUCAGAAUCAUCUUGAUCUACUUUCUCCGAGCCUGAUCCCUCUGUGGAAUGUAGCAGAGUUAAAUUUACUAACAACAGUAACACUGAGAAGUCAUCUGACUGUUUUGGGACAGGACUCCAUUGAAAAUCUUGAGGACAUUCUGAGAUACUCUCUACAGGUAGCAGAGCAAGAAGUGAUCAUUGGUGAUGAUGAAAUAAGGAAUUCUGCUGUUCUGACAUCAACUAACAAAUCGGGUCUUUCAGAAGAGAAUUCAGAAUGGGAGGUGGAUGGAUACUUUAGCAAGCAUAGUGAAGGAGUGUCUUCUGUGAAUCUUGUUAGUACUCAUUCCUUGGAUUUACAAAUACAGUCAAUCUCUCUAUCUUUUGAAGAUACUGAUUAUGGAGGCUUUGCAAAUCUCUCUUCUAUUUUGGAAUCAUCAAGAACUGCAAAAAUGGAUGAUGCACUAUCUUUGUCAUCUUCAUACAGUGGAGUUCUGAUUCAGAACAAAGAGACCAUCUUGAACCACACUCUGCUGACAACUGGAGCAGCAAUCCGUCACUCUUUCAUGCUGUCCCAAAUGUCAGUUUCUCCCAUAAUGUACCAUCAGUCAUCAGUUUCAGCACAUGUUCAUUCCUUGGCCAACUUUUCAUCUGAAACAAGCCAAAAUACCACCCCUUACCCACCACUGAAUCAACUUACUAGCUCUCCCACACUCCUUUUUUCUUGCUUAUGUUACUCCUUCACUGACUUGGGCUGCCUGUGUCGACCUGAGGUCAACUACAGUAUGUCAAGCCAUCAAGUUAAAUAUAGAAAAAAACCUAUAUCUUCUCUAUUAAAUAUUCAGCUGGUAGACUGA